AUGGUUAAGCUUUGUGGAUUGAUUGGGGGAGCUUUCGACACUGAGAUUUCCGUGUUUGCCUUGUUCCAGUUCAGCGGUUUGAGUAACAUGGCGAGCAAGUUGCAGUUAUCCAAUGUUGAUCAGGUGAUUAACAGGGAAGAAGAGACCUCGGUUCAUCCUCUCUCUGUUGUGGAUGGCAACAUCCUUGAGCAAGUGUCUGAUAACCUUGAGGUUCUUCUUACUGGCACCACUGGAUUCCUCACAUCAUGUAUUCUUCGCCAGCUUGUGGCCGAUAAGCGGGCUUCCAAGGUGCAUUGUGUCGCGCUCCGUGGGAUUCACUCGCUGACUAUAGAGUCAAAAAAGGUUAUUUAUGUCCACCGUAUUAUUCACAACGGCGCGACGGUCCCUAUCCUGCAGUCUUACUCUUCCCUUCGAGCUCCUAAUUUCGAGAGGACAAAAACACUUGUUUCACUUGCCGCGUCUCGAGAAAUUCCGCUACACCACGUUUUGUCCGCUGGGAUGGUCAAGUUUAUCGGACUAGAUGGCCUUCCAUCAUCUCAGUCUCUCAACACGAACUUCCAACUGAUGGAUCGAAUGGCUAUUCAGCAACGAACGGGCCAGCAAGGUCUAUUUGAAAAGAAAUUGCGGAAAAUUCCAACCUGCCUAUAUGGGUUUAUCAGCUUAAAUCUCAUCAAGCACUCUCUCAGUCUCCAUGCGAUUCCCGAUCUGUCUUCGUGGCGAGGGAGCUUCGACUUUGUCCUUGUUGAUGAUGUCGCUGCAAGCAUCGCCGCCGUCUUAACGAACAAGAUCCCCGCGCGAGAGCUGAAACAACCCUUGGAAGUGAAGAAGGGCAUCAAGCUGGAGGUGCUGAGUUUGGAAGAAGGGGUGGACAAGGCAAGGGACGCGGCUUCCUGCACAAUGUCACCGAGUUCUGUUGUGUUGUUUCUGUACUGUUACAACGGUAUGUUUGGCAACACUGCACCAGCGUGGUCUCUUUGCAAUGGCAACGAUGCGCUUCAAUCGCUUGGGGGACAUCAUGCAAGUUUCAUUCAGCCGGGUAGUCUACAGUGGUAUGACAGCGUUGUCAACUUGCAAGUCAACGUCAUAGAUAGCAUUUCGACCCUUGAAAUCCCCAACUACUGGGCCCUUCUGGUAACGCAGCACCUGAUUGGCAACGAAUCGCAACCACUCAGUAAAACGGCAUCUGGGGCUGGCUUUGACUAUGCAAGUUUCGGCCGUGGCGCCCCCGUGUCAGUCAACAGCUAUGCCCGUCUGGUUCAACUAACGGAGGCUACGCUCGAUAUUUCUAUAGCCCCCAAUAACGGAACCCAGUCGUUUUAUUCUGUGCCGUGCGCCAAGGCUUCUCAGCUGCCGUCUCUGAAGCAUCAGGUUGGUGCAGGGACUCCGGAGUUGGAAAUCUUCGCCCAGAACUUUGGGCGACAGAGAGUGGAUCAUUAG